AUCUAGGGUAUCAGCAAAAAGGAAUUGUCGUUUUAAAAUGGAUGAAGUGGAAAAGAGAGAAAGAAAGAAAAUGAAAAAUAAAAAUAAAAAGAAAUAGAAGGAAAUUUUAUAACGCUAAAGAUUGGGCUACCUGUGUAGUUAGACUCCAGUCCCUCUCUUAAUUCUGCCUUCGAGCGCGUAAUUCAAAGAUUAAUGUUUUUGUUGUUUCACAUUUGUCAGAGUUUUGAGCUGAAACUGGUCCAGAAAUGACUUUUUUCCUGACUACUAGUACUCUUUCUUGACUAUUAAACUCAAACUAACAUGCGAAGAUCAAGUGCCCCAAGUCAGCUCCUGAAGAGAAAACAGCUAGAUAGUAGUGAAGACAAUGAUGGGCGACGACCAAAACAGAAAAUGAAACUGGAUGCUGAACCUCCUUCCAGCCAGUACAUCUCACCCUUCAGGAAACCUCUGAAACCCUUAACAGACAUGACCAAUGGCUGUUCAUCUUCAUUAUCAGCCCAUGAGGCAAUCAUUCGUGGCAUUCUCUCCAAGCCUUUCAAGAUUCCAAUGUCAAACUAUCAAGGACUGUCAUCAACUCGUGGUCUUGGGAUCAGGAGAAAGGGUCCAAGACGGUCCCUUCAUGACCCAUACGAGGAAGAUGCCCUUGUAUUGUAUGAACCUCCUGCAUUAUCAGCACAUGAACAAUUAGCAGUAGACCUAGAAAAACAAGAUGUACAUGUUGUCGUUGAUCCACUUCUGGGCAAAAAAUUAAGACCUCAUCAGAGAGAGGGUGUCAAGUUUUUGUAUGACUGCGUGACAGGAACCAAGAUAGAGGGCAGCUAUGGAUGCAUCAUGGCUGAUGAAAUGGGGCUUGGUAAGACUUUGCAGUGUAUUACCCUCAUCUGGACUUUACUGCGCCAAGGACCAAAAGGUCAGCCCAUUAUAAGCAAAGCUGUCAUUGUUGCUCCAUCAAGUUUAGUUAAAAACUGGUACAAUGAGCUGAACAAGUGGCUGGGUAGUAGAAUAAAUGCUGUAGCUAUUGAUUCAGGAAGCAAAGAUGGAAUAGACAAACAACUAACUACGUACAUGAGUCAACAAGGCAGUCGUACGCCCACCCCUGUCCUCAUUAUCUCGUAUGAGACAUUCCGUCUACAUGCAGCAGAGCUACACAAGGGUAGUGUUGGACUGGUCAUCUGUGAUGAGGGUCACAGGCUGAAGAACCUUGAAAGUCAAACCUACCAAGCGUUGAACAAACUGAAUACCACUAAACGGGUUCUUCUUUCAGGUACUCCAGUUCAAAACGACUUGCUGGAAUAUUUUAGCUUGGUACAUUUUGUUAACGAAGGAAUUUUAGGCUCGGUAUCAGAAUUCAAAAGAAAAUUUGAGAUUCCAAUCUUGAGAGGCAGAGAUGCUGAUGCUUCGGAGAAGGACCAUAAAAUAGGAACUGAAAAACUGAAUGAGCUUAUUCUGCUAGUAAACAAAUGUAUUAUAAGAAGAACAGGUUUGUUUUAAAUAUUUAAUGGGAAUGGGUUAAUAAAAUAUAAAUAAUGUAUUUGUUAUUCAGUGGAACAGGUGGUUUGUUGUCACAUGACCCCACUUCAGACCCAGCUUUACAAACAUUUAGUCCAGUCAAACGUAGCACAGCGACUACAGAAACUAGAUUCAAAGACCGGUGGUAUGUCUGCAUCUUCACUGGGUUUUAUCACUAACCUCAAGAAACUGUGCAACCACCCCGAACUUAUUUUUGAGAAGGCAAAGAUGCAGGAAGAGGGCUUUAGAGGUGCUUUAGAAAUAUUUCCUAAAGGAUUUUCUGAGAAGGGUAAUUUACUUCCUGAUUUAUCAGGUAAAAUGCAAGUACUUGACCUCAUUCUGGCCAUGACUAAAUCAACUACAGAUGACAAAGUAGUGUUGGUAUCAAACUACACUCAGACGCUGGACAUCUUUGAAAAGCUCUGUAGACAAAGAAACUAUCAGUAUGUUCGUCUUGAUGGUAGUAUGUCAAUCAAGAAAAGGCAGAAGAUAGUGGAUAAGUUCAAUGACCCAAAGGGUGGUGAUUUCAUUUUCAUGCUAAGUAGUAAAGCAGGAGGAUGUGGGUUGAAUCUGAUUGGUGCUAACAGACUAGUAAUGUUUGAUCCUGACUGGAACCCAGCAAACGAUGACCAGGCCAUGGCUAGAGUAUGGAGAGAUGGGCAGAAGAAAAAGGUAUUCAUUUACAGGCUUCUAUCAACAGGAACCAUAGAAGAAAAGAUAUUCCAACGCCAAGCCCACAAGAAGGCUCUUAGUAGCUGUGUAGUAGAUGAAGAGGAAGAUGUUGAGAAACACUUUUCACUUGAACAGCUGAGAGACUUAUUUCGCUUGAAUGAAGAUACCCUGAGUGACACUCAUGACAAGUUCAAGUGCCGUCGAUGUGUGAACAACAUUCAGGUGCAACCACCCCCUGAGGAUACCAACUGCAGUGGGAGCCUAGCCCAAUGGAACCAUUCAGCAAGUAGUAAAGGUCUUGAAGAUAUUAUAUUAAAACAAGCUUGGAAGUGUGGAGUCAGUUUUGUAUUCCAUCAAAAAUCUCAUGAAAAACAGUUGGGAGUAUCUUAGAUACAAGCAUUUCUUUUAUUGCCAUGUACCAUCUAGUAUUUUCUAUUUGCAGCCAAAAUGAGUAAGGUGAAAUGUCUGAUAAAUGUUUUAAGAUUUUUAUAUUAUUUAUCAUCAUAAUAACAUUAAUUUAUUACAAUUUAGGUUCAAUAUCAGUGUGAUAAAGCAGUGAAUGAAAAACAGUAUCAGUGAAGUGAUACGAUAUCACUUCACAGUGAACUGGAAACUCAUUUUAUUGACCCUAAAUGUGUAAUGAACAAAAUACAGUACAGGCCGAAAGUUUUUCAGGGUCAACUGCAUGUAUCACGCAUGGACCCCGCGCACGGGAUCUGCUCGUACGCGUGGGAUCCUACCGUAUGCAUGCAUCCCGUCCGUACAAGCGGGAAAAGUUAAUGCGGUCCCACGCAGCAUAAGAGGUUAACUUUAACUUGGCUCUCUGUAUGUUAAAAACCUGAUAUCUAACAUAUGAUAUUCUCUAUUUAUUUUUGUUUAUAAAAAAUAAUUUGAUAAUUUGAUAAACUACAAAGAUAUUAUUAUUCAAGAAAUAUAUUCAACUAAAUUGAGAAAAAUAAUUACAAAUAAUGCAAUGCGAUAAUGCAAUAUUUUUUAUUAGCUUAUAUGAAAUUUAAAUUAAACAAUAAUUUUGAAAUUCGAAUUUGGUUGAUAAAGUAGUUUCACACCAGUCGCACCUUCAUGUCAAUAGGAUUGUGUAUCGUAGUACCUUAGAACAUUACUGUCACCUCAUGGUUGACACCUCAG